AUUUUUAAUAAAUAAUGGAGUAUAAUAUAUUUAUUUUUAUUCUAUUUUCAAUAAUUUUAGUAUCAAGUGUCAAUGGAAAAAAAGGUAGAAGAGCAAAUCCAUGCAAGCGUAAAAAUGUAUCGAAUGCCAUUAGACCAAAUAAAUUUGACUCACUAAUGUUAAGUGUAUCAUGGCCACCGGUAGUAUGCAUUGUAGCACAAAAAAUGAAUCCAAAAUCAGGAUGCAAUAUACGGGAUGAUAAACAAUGGACAAUACACGGCCUAUGGCCUUCUUCAUAUACAGAUUGGUCUCCUUCAUUUUGUAACUGUUCAAUAAAAUAUAAUUCUACUGAAUUAGCACCAAUGAAAAUUGAUCUAAUGACCAAAUGGAGAAAUGUAAUGAACAAUUCAGAACCAGAAUCAUUUUGGGACUACGAGUGGUCUAAACAUGGGACUUGUGGCAUCACAAUUGAUAAAUUGAAUUCUCAAUAUAAAUAUUUUAAAAAAACACUUGAACUUUAUGACAAAUAUAAUAUGACUAAAAUACUUGACCAAGCAAAUAUACAUCCGGGAAAUAAUUAUACGCACAAAUAUAUUGUGGAGGCUGUUGCUAAAAAAAUAGGGAAAAAAAUUAAAAUCAACUGUCACGCUGAUCUUCCGUAUUAUUUUUUAUCGCAAGUGUCCAUAUGUUUUGAUAAAUCAUUCAAUCUGACUGAUUGCAUUCAAAAUGACCUCUAUCCACUUAGUUGUCCAGAGAUUUUGGAUUUAGAGAAUAAAAUUGAAUAUCUCGAUUUCAAGGAAAUUUAUUCUUUGUAAAUUCAAAUAAAUUAUUUAUUUAAAAAAAAAAAAAGCAAGAGGCUUAUGCCGGGUAGUCGACUGUAGUUGAAUUUAAAUAUCAAUAAAAUGUUUAUUGAUUAUAAAAUUACGGUAAAAAUGUAAUAAGAUCUAUAAAAGUACUUAGUAUAAUAUUAAUUAUAAAACAAUAUCAAUUUAAAACUGAUAUACGAUC